AUGAACUAUUACAACCAAAAAAUAAUAAACCGUGCGAAUAGCCGAAAUGAUAAUAACGACUCUAGUCUUGGGUCCAACGAAAGUAAUCUGAACAACCUAGGCGGCAACGUUACAAACCCAUAUGUAAAUAAAAAAAUAUAUGAAGGUAGCUACAACAAGCCAAUUAACAAUGUAAUCCCAAAUGCCCCCUUUGAAAAUAACUUCUACCAAAGCAGUGCCACUGCGGUACCAAAAGGAUUCAACUUCACACAGAAUAGCGGAAUCGGCAGCGUAAACCAUAACCAAAAUCACAACAACGUGGUGACCAGCCCAUUCAACAACCCGCCAAGUGCUAAUGAAGAUGCGGCCACAAGCGGGGAAUCGUUCUUUGGAAAUUUUAUGUCAGCAAAUAAAAAUAAAUUAAAAAAUGAUGUACCUAAACGAGAAGAGGAUGAAGAAGAGGAAGAAGAAGAACUUCCCCUCCUGGAAGAACUAGGAAUUAAUUUUGAUUUAAUUUCCAAAAGGAUGAAAUCUGUUUUUAUGUUUUACAAAAUUGACGAUACGUUGUUCGAAAAUUCAGAUUUAUCCGGGCCUCUAAUAAUUGUCCUCGCCCUGGGGUUCAUACUUCUCCUGGCCGGAAAAGCCUCCUUCAGUUACAUCUACCUGAUCGGAAUUGUCAGCAGCCUGAGCAUAUAUCUUCUCCUUAACAUGAUGAGCCAGAAUCUGACGCUGGACCUGUACCGCACGAUAAGCAUGCUUGGCUAUGCACUACUUCCACUGGUCAUUUUAUCCUUCAUUUCAAUAAUUAUCAAUUUGAGGUCAAAGAAGGGGUACACCAUAUCCUUCUGUUGUAUAUCCUGGUCGGCCCUCACGGCGUCACGCUUUUUCGAAGUGGCUCUCCGGAUGAACAGGCAACGAUACCUUGUGGCCUACCCGAUAUUCCUUCUCUACUCCUGCUUUGCCUUAAUUAUAAUUUUUUAG